GUUAAUGCUGCUGUUGUUGCUGUUUUACUUUUAAUACGUGAUGAUCUUCUUAAUUCUAGUUGUUGGUUGGAAUCAUCAGUUUUAUGGUCGCCUUGUUGUACAACUUUCUGA